CUAUUCAGCUCAAAGUAUUUCCAUCCAAGCAGUUUUACCCUUAAUCCAUAAGCCGAGAAGUAGGAUCCCCGGCCGCUGCGAAUACCGACAAAAUCUCUCUCUCCCCGCUCCAAUUCUGUUUAGCUGCAGUUAUUAAUAAUAAGUUCUACCAAAUAUGUCCCGAAUAUGCGUGAAGAACUUGCCAAGAUAUGUAUCCGAUGACCGCCUCAGAGAAUUCUUCUCCCAGAAAGGCGAAGUUACUGACGCCAAGCUCAUGCGCACCAAGGAUGGGAAGAGUAGGCAGUUUGGAUUUGUGGGAUACAGGACUGAGCAAGAAGCAAAGGAAGCCAUUAACUACUUUCACGGGUCUUUCAUGGAUACUUGCAAAAUUCAUUGCGAAAUUGCUCGGAAGGUUGGAGAUCCAGAAAUACCACGUCCAUGGAGUCGAUACUCAUCAAAGAAACAGGAGAGUUCAUCUGGAGCAGAAAAUAAAUUAAAUGGGCCUAAAGGUUCUAAAGUUGUAGCAGCUAAAGGAGAGAUUAAGAAGAGUAAGAAGGAUGAUGGGAAUGAUGACCCUCAAUAUCAAGAGUUUCUACAGGUCAUGCAGCCGCGUAGCAAAUCUAAAAUGUGGGCAAAUGAUGCCCUUACAGCUCCCUCUCUUGAGAAAGGUAAAGAUGCCAGUAACAGGAAACUCCAAGUAAAAGAUAGUCAUUGGAAAUUAGAUGAACCGAGUGCUCAGUUUGAGGGAACUGUGGCAAAUGAAAAUAUAAUUUUAGAGAAUCAAGAGGCUGUUACUGCGGACAGUUUAGUUCACAAUGAAAUUGUAUCUGAUAUGGAUUACUUCAAGAGCAGAGUUAAAAAAGAGUGGUCAGAUUUAGAAAGUAAUGAUGCUGAUGACUCUGAUAUGGAUGAUGAUAGUGAUAGCAGUGGCAAGACUUUGAACAAAAACAAACAUGGUCCUGUUGGGGAUACACUCGAACCGGAAAUUUCAGAAGGGGAGACUGAAGAUGUCUCCUCUGAAAUAUCUAGUGAGAAAAUAUUCCACUCAGACGAUCUGUCAUCAAGUACAAAAGAUGAGAAAGAAGGAAUCCUUGAGACCGGCCGCCUUUACAUCCGUAAUCUGCCAUACACUGCCACCGAAGAGGAGUUGGAAGAACACUUUAGAAAAUUUGGUGACAUCUCAGAGGUCCAUAUUGUUGUUGAUAGAGAUACAAAACGGUCCAAGGGCAUAGCAUUUGUUCUUUAUGCUCUUCCAGAAUCUGCUGCUAGAGCUUUGGAAGAGUUGGACAGGUCAGAUUUUCAAGGGAGAUUAUUGCAUAUCAUGCCAGCAAAAGGAAAGAAUUCUUCUGAUAAGCAAGAGACCAAUAAUUUUACCCAACAAUCAUCAAAGACACUUAAACAGAAGAGGAAUGAGGAAAGGAAGGCUUCUGAAGCCAGUGGAAAUACACGAGGAUGGAAUAGUUUAUUCAUGAGAUCCGACACGGUCGUUGAAAACAUUGCACGAAAAUUUGGUGUUAGUAAAAGUGAAUUACUAGAUAGAGAAGCUGAUGAUCUUGCUGUGCGCAUUGCAUUGGGAGAAACUCAAGUGAUUGCCGAUACAAAAAAAGCUCUUUCAAAGGCAGGAAUUAAUGUUUCCUCAUUAGAGGAGUUCGCCUCUGGGAAAACUGGUGGUUUGAAGAGAAGCAACCAUGUUAUCUUGGUGAAGAACUUGUUCUUGAGAGAGCCAAAGAAGGUGAGAGCUUGGAGGAAUUGCGUGCUCGAACGGCUGCCCACUUCACAGACUCCACUAAGUUGUCGAAAAAGAGGAAGCACAUGGCUGUAUUGGACGAAGGAAAUGUUAAAUUUCAACGAAUUGCAGAUUAGAAUCACUGCAACUGUGACAUUAAACGGUGUAGUUCUGUGUGAUGUUGAUGGGAAACAUGGCCCGUUGGAAAAAUCUGUACAGGGGAAUACAAAGGGGAUGUGGCUUCUUAUCAUUGGGACUAACCGGAAGAAAUAA